AUGGGAAGAGAAAACCAUGACCCUACUAUUGUUCACUCUUCUAUUGCACUUUUACAAGAGAGGUUUAGACAAUUGGAAAGAGUUAAAGAAAUGAGGGAAGAGAGAGAGCUAAAGAGAAUGCUGAAUGAACCAAAACAACAAACUUAUGAUCAAUCAACAACAAGAUUGUCUUCUUCCAACCAUGAACUGAUCAUUCCAUCAAGAUCUUCACCACCUCAUGUUUCUCUUUCUCUUUGGCCAACAACAUCAUCACAGGCUAAUUCAUGGAAGAAUGGUUAUGAUUGUGACUCUUCAUCUGUUUCCGGUGUUGACACUUCUCUUCACCUCUAA